GCUCCAGCUGGACUAACCACUUAAACUUUUCCUGCUCCGGGACGGAAUGUCUGAGCGAUAAAUCGAAACACCUUCAGAAAUCUUGCGUGUUUGUUUUGUGUUUACUGCAAGACCCGUCUCGGAUGUCUUUUUUUUUUAAGCUCAUCUAUUCUGAGAAAGUCAGCUCGUGGAUGCUGUUGAGGAAAAGACUUUAAAGGACUGUUUAGUUUGUGUGUUGUGUUUCUCUGUGCCCAGUGAGAAGCGGAUGCUGGUGUCAGACAGCGGCGGGGUUGAUAGACCUAGAAGCAGAGCUGGAACCUGGCACAGAGUCUGGAGGAGGCCAAGGAGGAACAAUGCUCCAGGAGGAGACCGAGACCCAGAGACGAGAAGCCUACAGCGUGUCUCGUCUACGAAGCUCUUCGAUAGAAAUUAAAGAGAAAGGCACGGAGUUCCUCAGAGAGCAGCUGGAUGCUGCACAGAAGGAGUUGAAGCUAAAGGGGGAGGAAUGUGAGCGACUAUCUCAUGUGAGAAACCAGCUGGAGCAGGAACUAGAGGAAUUGACUGCAAGUCUCUUUGAGGAGGCUCACAAGAUGGUGCGGGAAGCCAAUGUUAAACAGGCAACUGCUGAAAAGCAACUGAAAGAAGCACAGGGCAAGAUUGAUGUGCUACAGGCAGAAGUGACUGCACUAAAGACUCUUGUGUUGACCUCCACCCCAUCCUCCCCUAACCGCCAGCUCCACCCCCAGCUACUGUCCCCAGGAUCCAGAGGAGCGUCGUCUCGGCCGGGAGGACACAGGCGCAACAAGAGUGCCACCCUCAAUCUGCCUCAGCUACAAUCAGAGUCACCCAGUGAAAAUACACACAUGAGCCGUGAAGAAAAAGAGUUCGACUCUUUGUUGUUUGCUGAGUUUUUGUCUUGGCGAGAGAAACCAAGUCUGGAUCGGUCAUCUGCCUUCCUGACCCGGAUCUACAAAGAGGACAUUGGGCCCUGUCUCUCUUUCACAUGCUCAGAACUGUCUCAGUCAGUUCAGAGUGCUGUGGAGAAUAACUUUUUGACCAUUGAGCCUGUUGCUUUGACCGCAUUGCCCAUGGACAAGGUGUCGACUGUUGAGUGUGGAGGACCCAAUGGCUGCCGAGCACCAGUAGAGACGAAGUGUGCCCUGAGUGGAAUGUCCCAGCUCUGCCGACAUCGCAUCAAACUGGGAGAUAAAGAGAAAUAUUACUACAUCUCUCCUUCCAGCAGAGCUCGGAUCACAGCAGUGUGCAACUUCUUCACUUAUAUCCGAUACAUCCAGCAGGGUCUGGUCAGACAUGACGCUGAACAGAUGUUCUGUGAGGUGAUGCGCUUGCGACGGGAGAUGUCUGUAGCUAAGUUAGGGUUCUUCUUUGCAGAUGAGAACUGAAGGACGCCCAGAUUCUGUGGCAAGUUUAACACUCUAAUUCAGUAACAGCAGUAGAUUUCCCAUAGAUACACUCCAUUAUAAUGUCAGUGACUGUUACAUUAAAAGCCCAGAGGAAAUUUGUGAAAGGAAUUCUGCGAUGAUCAGUAUUGGACUGGAGUGAGAUUUUUUUAAUUCUCUCUACACUCUGUAUCUCAGCACAGUUCUUACUAUAGAGCAACUAUGGAAUUAGUUGGAUUGGGUUUAUUUUUAGAUUAGUUGUUGGUGCAGGUACAGUUUACAGAGCUUUAGGUACUCGUAGUGGAACCUGUUCAACGCACAGUCUCAAUAUGAUGUUGCACUGUUCAUCUCAUUCUGCACCUGCUUUUGCCUUAACAAGCACAGAUGCACUUACAAUACCAAGACACACUACACUGAGAUAAAUUGCUUUAUACAACACGUUAGAUGUCCUUGUACCGUAAUAGUCAGUUGAUGUCUAAUUAUAAGCUGUAAUAUAUUGAGUGGGUAGCAAAUAUUUACUUGAAUUUUUAAAAAAGCACAUAAAGAGAAAUUCAAGCAAUGGGCCACAGAUUUAUUUUAAUCAGUAUGAAGUUUGACUUGGGUUCAGAAAAAUUAUAUUUCUAGGACAAAGCCUUCACUGUAUUGAAGAAUUAAUAAUUAUGGUGUUUGGUGGUAUAGAUUCAGCAUUCAAAUCUAAAGCUGCACAGGAGCGUGAAUGCUUCGAUUUAAAACCUUUUUUUUUUAACUGAACUGAGGAACACAAUUACAUGGGACUUUGGGUCAAUUAUUUUGUACCUUUUAAUAAUCAUAACUGCAUGAUCUGACAAUCAUAAUGACUUUGAGCAUAAUGCAUUUCUGUUUAAUAUCGAUACAGCGCAUACCGUAUCUAUGCAAAGCUCUUAGUUCUUUAUUCAUGUGAAGCAUAAUAUCAGACCUAAAUAUCAUGGACUGAUGUAUUGAUUACAUCAGGGAGGAUCUUGUCAUUUGAUGAAAUGUCUUAGGACUAAAUGAUUUUUAGUGCUUUAUACAACAUUUUUUUUUUACCUUUUGAACAAGGAAAAAAAAUUGGUGACACAAAUAUUCAAGCUUAUCUAGUAAUAUUUGUACUUAUGUUUACACUUAACUACCUUGUCUAGUGGAUUAAUACAAUAAAAUACAAUACAACACUGA